AUGGCCACUCUCUAUCCUCCCCCCAGCAAGCGCCAAAAGGUUGCUCAGGCCGAGAAGGCUCGCGAGCAGCAAGAGAUCCAGGGUAUUCCAUCCGACUUGGGUAGUGUUCGUGUGCAAUUCUACGAUCAAGCAACCGGAAAUGCCACCGGGCCUGCGGUCUCCGUCCCAGUCGCCGAUGCGAACGUCAAGAACCUCGAGACUCUCUUGAACACAUUACAAGGAAAUGACGACGAAGGCCGAGUACCAUACCGGUUCACCCACCAGUCCGAAAAUGAAGGCGAGACAAUCGACAUUCUCUCCGACGUCUACCACUCACUCCUCCAGCCCGGAAUCAAAACAACCGAAGACACAGUCUCGCUAUACUUCACACCCCAAGCCGUCUUCCGAGUGAGAGCGGUCUCACGAUGCGCCGCCUCCAUCCCGGGACACGGCGAAGCCAUCCUAGCCACAUCCUUCUCCCCGAUCUCUUCCUCCAACAUGGUCUCCGGUAGUGGAGAUAAGACCGCCCGUAUUUGGGAUUGUGACAUGGGUGUUCCUUUACAUACCCUGAAGGGCCACACUAGCUGGGUGCUGGCCGUCGCAUACUCGCCGAACGGCGCCAUGAUCGCGACCGGUAGCAUGGACAACACUGUUCGCUUCUGGGAUGCAAAGAAGGGUCAGGCGCUCGGUGGCCCGCUCAAGGGCCAUGCGAAGUGGAUCACCAAUUUGGCGUGGGAGCCUUACCACGUGCAGGAGUCUGGACGGCCUCGUCUGGCAUCUGCGUCUAAGGACUCGACUGUGCGGGUGUGGGAUGUUGUUUCAAGAGUCAUUGACCAUGUGCUUACUGGCCACAAGUCUUCUGUUACUUGCGUGAAGUGGGGUGGUACUGGUAGGAUCUACACUGCGUCUCACGAUAAGACCAUUAAGAUCUGGAACCCCAAGGACGGAACGCUUUUGCAGACUCUGUCCGCCCAUGCUCACCGUGUCAACCACCUCGCACUGUCGACCGACUUUGCUCUCCGCACUGCGUAUCAUGAUCACACUGGCAAGGUCCCCGCGACCGAGGCGGAGAAGGUCGCUGCCGCUAAGAAGAGAUUCGAGGAGGCGGCUACAGUGAACAACAAGGUUGUCGAACGCUUGGUGUCGGCUAGUGAUGAUUUCACUAUGUAUCUGUGGGAGCCAUCUAGCUCUAACAAGCCCGUCGCUCGGAUGCUGGGUCAUCAGAAGGAGGUGAACCACGUUACCUUCUCCCCGGACAUGGCUUACAUUGCCUCGGCUGGAUUUGACAACCACGUCAAGCUAUGGAACGGUCGUGAUGGAAAGUUCAUCAACACUUUCCGCGGCCACGUGGGAGCCGUCUACCAGUGCUGUUUCUCUGCCGAUUCGCGCAUGCUGGUAUCCUCAUCCAAGGAUACUACUCUGAAGAUCUGGAACGUGCGCACCGGUAAAUUGUCAAUGGAUCUGCCUGGCCACAAAGACGAGGUCUUUGCUGUCGACUGGAGUCCCGAUGGACAAAAGAUCGGCAGUGGAGGUAAAGACAAGGCGAUCAAGAUCUGGAGAAACUAG